AGUCGUCAUUGCAUGCCACUAUUUGCUGCGUCCACGCCGUUCUGGAAUAAAUAUCCAUAAGUCUCCAUUGUUAGGGAAGGCUUGACAGCCGUCUAGUGCCCGCUAUUCACUGUGCCCUUGAUUCGCCAUGGGGUAUUGGUACGCUGUGCUAAUCUUGGGUAUGCUCGAACCAGCCGUCCAUGCUGCAAGCCUGACCUCUCACGUAAAUUUAUUCUUGGGAACGCAAAAUGGUGGCAAUGACUUCCCCGGAGCGGCUCGUCCGUUUGGAGUGGUGAAGCUAGGGCCCGAUCUGUAUGUCUCUGGAACAGAUUCUUAUUCCGGUUACUUGCCCAAUGGCAAUUUCUCGGGGUUCAGUAUGAUGCAUGAACAGGGCACGGGAGGAGCCCCCAAAUAUGGCACAGUCUCCCAACUGCCUUUAGUCGGGAACAUAAGUAACCCGCUGUCCAACAUAACCAUCGGCCGGUCAGGCACGGACGAGGCAUCUGUGGGCUACUACAAGGCACAGACUGCUCAAGGAACCGUGGUGGAGCUGAGUGCAUCUGCUCAUGCAGGAAUCUAUCAAUAUACCUUCCCGAAUGGCUCGAAUGGGAACAUCUUGGUUGAUGUUUCGCAUGUCUUGCCGUCAUACAGGGGAAUGGGACUUAGUCAGGGAUACAAAGGUGGUAAUAUCACCAUUUUCCCCGACGGGCACUAUGAGGGCCAGGGAGUAUACGACAAUGGGUGGAAUCGUUCCCCCGAUUGGUCGAUCUAUUUCUGCGGUCACUUUGAUGUUUCGCCCAUCAGCAAUAAAACAUAUAUUGGAACUGAUGCCGAAGGCAGUAUCGAGCAGAGCGGCGGAUUCGCAUCUUCUUCGUCAGGGUCAACACGGGUUGGAGGUGUCUUCACCUUCAAUAACCCGGUAGUCACCUCGCGCGUGGGCAUUUCGUGGAUAUCCACGCAAAAAGCAUGCAAAAAUGUUGAAGACGAGAUACCAGAGGAUAAGUCAUUUCAAUCGGUCGUGUCCGAUGCCCAGUCCGAGUGGGAGGCCAAAGUCUUGUCGAAAGUCAUCACGACAAACACAAACGAAACGACUCUCACAUUGCUGUACACUUCUCUUUACUUCAUGCAUCUGAUUCCCACAAACCAAACAGGAGAGAACCCUCAAUGGACAUCCCAGGAACCAUACUAUGAAGACAUCUUUACUUACUGGGAUCUUUUCCGUUGCUCGACUGCUCUCAUGCAAGUGUUGCAGCCCACCGCCUAUGAAGAGCAGAUCCGUUCGCUUAUUGACAUUUGGCGAUUCGAGGGCUACAUGCCCGACGCACGAUCCUCGAAUUACAAUGGUCGCACCCAGGGUGGCUCGAAUGCUGACAACAUCUUGGCCGAUGCAUAUGUCAAGGGCGUGCGCGGUGCUGUCAACUGGGAAGAUGGCUAUAAGGCCAUGGUCAAAGAUGCUGAAGUGACUCCACCCAACUAUCCCGUCGAUCCUCAGGCGCCCGAUUCAUCAACCAAAGAAGGAAGAGGCGCAUUGCCAGACUGGCUCAGCUUGGGCUAUAUCACGCCUAGAUUCAGCCGUGCCGUCACGCGGGCAGUGGAAUAUUCAUGCAAUGACUUCGGACUGUAUCAGGUAGCAUCGGGACUUGGAAAAGAUGAUGAUGCGGCAAAGUAUCUGAAUCGUUCCAGAAACUGGCGAAACCACUGGAAUGCCAACCAGACCUCGCUGGGAUUCUCUGGCUUUGUUGUUCCUCGAAAUGAGUCUGGUUUUAUUGAAACCGAUCCAUUGAACGACAGCGGCUAUUGGGGAGACCCUUACUACGAAGCCAGCUCAUGGGCCUAUUCGUGGGCAAGCAUCCAUGACAUGAAAACGAUGAUCGACAUGAUGGGUGGCAACCAGACCGUUCUCAACCGUCUGAACACAAUGUUCAUCGAAGGGGCCAGCGGCUCCAGCGGCAUCAUUUUCGAUCCUACAAACGAGCCCAUGUUCAACGUCCCUUAUCUCUACCACUAUAUCAACCGGCAAGACAUGUCCGUCUUCCGGUCGCGCGAUAUUGCUAAAUCGUAUUAUGGUACUGGCGUGACCGGCCUUCCCGGUAAUAGUGAUGCAGGAGCGAUGCAGACAUGGCUAUUAUGGAAUAUGAUCGGACUGUACCCGGUGACAGGGCAGUCGACCUUCCUGAUUCAUUCCCCCUGGUUCUAUUCCCUUGUCAUCGACCUUGGGGAUGGAAAGCACCUGAAUGUCAGCUCCAGUGGUGGUGACGGAAAUGGAGGGGGAAAUAUCUAUGUGCAGCGCCUUCGCGUGAAUGGGGAAGACUGGAAAAAGAAUUGGCUGACGUGGGAUGACAUCUUUGCUCAAGGAGGAACUCUGGAGUUCGAGUUGGGAGACACAGCUAGUGACUGGUUCACUGGGGGGCUGCCACCCAGUCCAGCUUCAUAAUCAGAGUCGCCUGCAUGUGCAGGUUUCCUUGCGGUCUGUACGUAUUUUGCUUAACGAUGUCAAAUGAAUAUAACUUUACCCGGAAGGGGUCUCCAACAGGAGCAUUCUCUGGUUUUUUUCUCGUAGAUCGACUCAGGAAGCACAGCAACUGAAAUGAGGAUACGAGGGGAGAUGAUUCUCCAUAACCAUGUCCGAGAUGAUGUGAUCCUCCGUAUUGUCCACAACAGAAGUCGAAACAAGUUCUCUUGACCUCCAUCGGUGUCGAUAGCAGCAACUCAGUAUUGACGAUCGCGUUGAUCAUCAUUUGGAUGACAGGGUCUGCAUGGAAAUCGGGACAUGACGGAAGGUACUCC